GCUGCCUACGCGGAGGCCAUGCGGGUGCCCAACGUGCUGCCCCCCAUCCUGCUGGACGUCUCGCAGGGCUGGGAGACGUGGGGGGGCACCCAACCUGCCACCCUCGACCUCCUCGUCAGCAUCAACAUGAUGCACAUCGCGGAGCUGCGGUGCACCGAG